GCUGCCAGGAUUCGUUCCCUCCACAUGCUGGCGAGAUGCCACGUUAUAUCAGCUUCGAGCAGACGUUUGCUGUGACAGUGAAAACAUUGAAAAUAAUUGGAUUUCCAUCAAGCUUGAAUCCUUACCCGGAGGAAUUUUCCACAGCGGCCAAAUUAAAUGCGUACUUUGUUGUGAGCUUCCUUUCACUCUCGUACUGCGUGCUCGGUCAGUGCGUUUACGUUUGGAAGGAGACCACCGAGAAGAGGUCCGAAGGCGUGGCCACUCUGAUGGAGGAAGUGGCCACCCAAAUCGCCUGCACCGGAUUCUGUGUGAUUGGACUGCAGAAGAUGUUUGUGUUGGCUUAUCACAGGAACAGGCUGGCGCGGAUUCUAGCGGAUUUCCACGCUGAUUGGAAGGAGAAGGAACGCAUUCCUACCCAGCGGGACUUCUGCCAGAGGAAUCUCCGGUCGACAGUAACCAUCGCCACCUGCGCUGCCAUAAUGAACAUCGUCAUGGUUUCGGCCUUCAAUUUCCUGCCCAUUCCGGAGAUGAUUUUUGCCGCUAGCCGUUCCGACGUAUGGAAACGUCAGCUGCCCUACAAAAUAUGGUAUCCAUGGGAUUCGACCAAGGGCUGGAUUUACUACCUGAUGUACACGUUCGAAGUGUACGCCGGACUCAUCGUGGCGAUUGGAAACGUGACGUUCAACUGUAUUUUUUGCUUGGUCGCUGCUCAUCUCUCGGUACAACUGAAUCUGCUAGCCAAAUCACUGGAAGGCAUCAUUGCGGGAGAGCCCAGCGAGUGGGAUGUCGUGGAGGAUAAACGAUUAAGCUUGGCCUCUGCCGUCGAACGACACCAGAAACUUUUAGGCUACAAACACUCGCUGGAGACCAUCUUCAGCUUCACAAUCUUUAUUGUUUUCGCUAGCGCCUCAAUCAUAAUCUGCUUUCAAGGAAUCAUGAUGACGACCUCGACGGCUUACAUUGUGGCAAAGUUUUUACUAUUCUUCAUUUGCGUGCUGCUGGAGAUCUUCUUCCUCUGCCAUUACGGGAAUAAAAUUUUACGAAGUAGUGAAGAUGUCGGAAUCGCUGCGUACAAAUGCCUCUGGUACCAGGUGGAACGGGGUGGCAAUGCGACCUUCCGCAAGGAUUUAAUUCCGGUGAUUGUGCGGGCCCAGAAACCAAUGGUGCUAAUGGCGUGGAAGUUCUGGCCGAUUACCAUUAAGACAUUUGGGAUGGUGCUGAAUGCGUCAUACUCGUACUUCACCCUGCUAAGAACUGUUUACAAAUGAAGCUGUUCAAUGUAUCAAGUGAAUCGGUGAAACGGGCGACUACUCACAAAUAACUAUUUUUUAUUAAGCCGUAAACAAAUUAAACAAACGCAAUGUACCGUCACACCUCACCUCAUAGCUCAACAUUUGUUAAUUGAAGCUUUGAUAGAAAAAUCUGAACUCGUUCGUUUAAGGUAGUAUUAUCAUCAAACAGCCUUCUUCGUAAAGGUGCAUUUGUGCACCCAAAGUUAAUUUUUAGCACAUGUUCUGGCAUCCCGAUUUAUUACAUUAAAUGAGCUGAAAGAUAACAUAAAAAGUUCUACUCCCCAAUACAUGUAUAUCAUUUGUAUAAUAUAUAUGCUAGAGCCAAUAUAAGGGAGCGAAACAGGAGACACAUUUAAAUGAAAGCAUAUGAAAGCUUUUCGUAUAGUUUGCCAAAUACACGGCCCAGACAGAGAAAGAUAUAUUCUCGUUCAUGUUCUUCUUUAUCGUCUUAGAAAACACCUUCCAACUUCAUUUUAUGAUGAGGUGUAAUAUUACCACGCACCUUUAUAAUAACG